AUGGCUGAACGCAUCUUUUUGAAGCCUAGCCUGGGCCAAGCCAAGCUAAACUCGGCGCAACACGACGCAACGCAACGCAGCAUGACACAACUCAGCUCAGCUCAAUUCAGCUCCGGGCACAUGAAGAUGGGUGCUUUAUUCCCCGCUGCAUGUCCUGUCCUGUCUUCUGAGCCCGUCGUUGAAGCGUGUUUCUGUUUUAGCUGUUAUAAGAUGGGAGAGGAGGAGGAGGAACAUCCAUCCUAUUAG